CCCUGCAUGUUCAAAGCAUCACUCAGUCCACAAACACAAACAGGAACACAAAAGAAAAGAAGAGCCAAAGAAACUAAACACAAAUGACAACCUCCUCUUCCAUCCUUCUCCUUGCUGCCCUUCUUGCCUUGGUCUCAUGGCAGGCCAUUGCGUCCGAUCCUGACCCACUCCAGGACUUUUGUGUCGCCGACAUGCAUUCACCAGUGCGUGUCAAUGGGUUCGUUUGCAAGAACCCGAUGGAAGUUAAUGCAGAUGACUUCUUCAAGGCAGCCAACCUCGACAAGCCUAGGGUGACCAACAAGGUUGGAUCCAACGUCACUUUGAUCAACGUCAUGCAGAUUGCUGGACUCAACACCCUCGGAAUCUCAAUUGCGCGCAUCGACUAUGCUCCCUUGGGCCAAAACCCACCACAUACGCACCCUCGCGCCACUGAGAUCCUCACGGUGCUCGAGGGGACACUGUACGUUGGCUUUGUCACAUCCAACCAGCCCGCCCCCAACAGAAACAAGUUCCUUUCCAAGGUGCUCAACAAAGGUGAUGUGUUUGUCUUUCCCGUGGGGCUCAUCCACUUCCAAUUCAACCCGAACCCCCACCAGCCUGCCGUUGCAAUUGCCGCGCUCAGUAGCCAGAACCCAGGGGCUAUCACAAUUGCCAAUGCAGUGUUUGGGUCAGACCCACCAAUAUCGGAUGAUGUUCUUUCCAAGGCAUUUCAGGUUGAAAAGAAUACAAUAGACUAUCUCCAGGCUCAGUUCUGGGAGAACAACCACAAUUGAUUGAUUACACGGAAUAUGAGUGCAUAAACCAAGGACUUGGUUGACUUUCUAGACAUGCAUCCUAAUCUAUAAAAUAAAUGGAGCAUAUAUCAUGUCAUUGUGUGUUUGUAAGCCCUGAAUGUAUUUCAGUCCUAUGAAUAAUCAAGAAUAUGUUUUUUUUCUCAUCA